AGGUGCGCAAGGACUUCCGCCACAACUUCACGUGCCGUGGUCGCUGUCCUAGCCGCCACCACCUGCCUUUGAUCCGCUACGAACGAGCUAUUUAGCACGUUCAAGGUUCAGGAUCGUCAAAUUUUAGCUACCAAUAUUGCUACGCUCAGCCGCUUGUUAUGGAGGGGCAGUACAAUCUCCGCAGCCCAGCCGUGAAGCGUCUUAUGAGAGAGGCCCAGGAGCUCCACGAAGCGACGGAAGAAUAUUUUGCGCAACCAUUGGACGAUAAUCUGUUUGAGUGGCACUUCACCGUGCGUGGGCCGCCGGAAUCGGAAUUUGAAGGAGGCAUCUACCAUGGCCGCGUAAUUCUGCCCCCAGACUAUCCCAUGAAGCCACCGAGCAUCAUUCUUCUGACGCCUAAUGGACGCUUUGAGACCAACAAGAAGAUCUGCCUGAGCAUCUCUGGCCACCAUCCUGAAUCAUGGCAGCCAUCGUGGUCUUUGCGCACUGCUCUGCUGGCAAUCAUCGGUUUUAUGCCGACUCAUGGGAGUGGUGCGAUUGGGUCCCUGGAUUACAGUCCCCAAGAACGGAAGCAGCUCGCAAAAAAAUCUCAGACUUGGAGCUGCCCCAAUUGCGGCCCUGUAGCUAAGCUGCUCAAGGAACGCUCACAAGAACCACAGGACAUAGCUGCUGACAAGGAGGCAAGGGAGCAGGCUGCACAGAUCAUGUUCAAGGAUGCCAGCGAGAGGCCUGGUGUGCCCAGGACUGCCGAAAGCAAGGCUACCGAGCAGAUGACAAUGUCGGCGACACUACCGCAGUCAAGCGACUCCAACAGCAAAGUGCAGCCAUCAACCAACUCGGAGAAGAAAGCGGCAAGUGCAAGCAGCAGUGCCGCUAGCGACACGCCCGCUGCAGCUCAGGGCACCCAGUCAGCUUUGGCCACUGGAAGCACCACCGAGGAUACGCCAGACAUAAUGAAACGCCGGCUCGCGGCAGCACGGAUCUUGGCCCAGCGUGCCGAACGUCUGGCACAGCAACAACAGCCGCUCACUGCACUUGCCGAGGAAACAGGCACAGCAAAUCGCACGACAAGGGCGAGCUCAGGAGACAAUUUGCGCUUGGCAUACAAUGCAGCGAUAUGGCUUGUUGGCAGUGCCUUUGUGGGCCUGCUCAUACGGCGCGUCUUUUUCUUGUGAUUGGCGAGGACACAGCAAUGCGGCUCGAACGUGACAGAAAGUGCUUGUGUCGUCACAUGCGCUUUGUGCUUCGUGAUCGUCAACAUGUGCGUGGUGCGCUUGGCCACUGUCUGAAACAGCUGCUUUGAGUGGGUGGUGACAGAAUGGCCUGCCUGCCUUGUGCAGUGAAAUUGACUGAGUAUUGCUGCAAGUGUGCCAGUUGUCGGUCGUCAAUCUUGAAAAAAGGAAAGAAACUUGACUUUUUUAGGUGGUGAUAUGCCCUGUGCUGGUUCUGUCAGGUGAUGCGACUUGCAGAAGCCAAGUGGGUUGCUAGGAGGGGCUCCUCGCGCUUGUGGCACCACAAAGAGACCUCUUGUGGUUCAAAAUUCCACAUUGCUCUUUUAUAGGUGGCUGGUUUGCACUCCGGUGCAAUAGUGAGAAAUAAAAUGCUGCUUCUCUAGCAAAUGAGCUUCACGCUAGGGUUUAGUCCAAGAGAAUGCAUAAUUGAUGCGAGAGUGCUGCUGCAUGAUACAGCGAGCAUUUAGUGUCCUUCAUGUCUUGCUCAGCUGCAUGAAACUUAGAUAUUUAGGAAUCAUCUUUAGCAUAUUAUAAAGCUAAGUGCUAGUUAUCUAAAGAAAUAUCCACAACAUGUCAGGAAGCAAUACCUCAAAUUAUGUGAGCCAGCUCAGGAGAAUCUGUGGCGAGUUAUGUAACCAACUGCCUCUCUGCACAGUAGAUGCUAAUUUGACUGAAGCAUGCAAAUAAUGAAGGUAUAAAUAUAAGGCAUUACAGUGGGGCAUUCAGCUGUGCUGUCACUGGCAAAAUAUACAGUAACCAGAAAACAUCGAAAAAAAGUUCUAAAAGCCACUGUGCGUGACUGGAACCAGCUUUGUGCAGUAUACCAGUUAUGCUCAGAAGCAGCCAUUCCACUGGGCCCAGUGCCAGUUUUUGUCAUGUGCAGAGUGAAUUUGGAACUUCUGGUAAAGACUGUACGCAUGUCACCAUGAAUUAUAUGUAUGUCAUACCGGAAGGCACCAAUGAGCCAUUACCAUUUCAAAUGGCACUGUUGAGGCUGUUUUUUACGUGUGGGUUUCUCGUAAAGUAUUAAAAAGAAUGCAUUCCUAUGCUCAAGCAAAUGCCCAAAUAGUAACCUGGCAUGGUGCCUCCCUCUUCUAUCACAAUGGAUAAAUGGUAUUUUUCCAUACCACCAUGACCAUUUGGCAUGUUUUUGAGUGAGGCUUAAGGCCUUGUUGAGUUUGCUGGGUCAGCAUGAGACCUUCAGGUGCCUACGCAGUGUAAGAAACGUAAGGGUUGGCCAUAAUAGUUUACGAGACACUAUGGAUCUGCGAAAAAUUCUGAUUCUAGCGAUGGUUGGCUAUGCGGUAUGAAUUCAAAGUUUCAAUCUGUAGUAGUUUUACCGAUCUACACAGCGGUCCAUUAAAUUAAAGUACUGCGCCUUAGAGGCCAACUGUAGUGAAAACUUUGACUGCAUAGAAAGGCUAGUUUCUGAUAGUGUAGCUAUAUAGCAGCCUGUGUGCAAAAUUUUAUGUUCGAAAUACUAAUAGUAAUACUAAUGCGUCACGAAGAGAUUGCAAAAAUGUUUUUCAUACCAAAACUAAAGAACACCGCGAAUCGCCGGAAAUGAUGCCGAACCUAGAACAUUACACAUGAGCGAAUACUUAGCAUGACCUUUGAAAUUAGGCAGUGUUCACAGUGGGUUGAAGAUUUUGAACGCAAUGUGCUCGAAUUCGCAUCAUGUCUGCUAAUCACCAGGGGCACGCAUCAUCUGCUAAGGUGCUGAUUAAAGGCUGUUUCUAAAAAAAUUAGACAACGAGCCCUGCAGGUUUGUCACAAUUACUACAUGUACACCUACUACUCAUUUCUAACGAAUUUAUGUCAAAGUGUAAUUUCAAUGCAGUCGGCCUACAUUUGUCAUGAAAGCAGUGCUCCGUAAACUUUUUUGGCCAAAUGUACAUCGUGUUAACAUUUUUUAGACCUACACACGGAGUGAUAAAACUUUCUCAAUAUUAAGGUUGUGUUAUCAAGGCGCAUUCACUUGAUCAGUCAGUUUUUGUUGCUGCUGCACCUGAAGACUAUUUCUUAUCUACAGUCAGUCAAGGUAUGAUAGGUCGCAUCAACAAAAGAAUUCUGAAUAAAGGUAUUCUGCCAA